UAAAAUAUUUAUCGGGAGCCAGGCAGCUGGGCUUCCCUGCGCAGGCUGCCAUGGGCAGCUCCCACCGAAGCUGGCUGCAGCCUCCCCAAGUUCCGCUGAGUCACAGCCCGUGAGCCCUCUGCCCAGCCCACCCGCUUGCUGUCCUGUGGCCACGUGGAUUCCUCAUAAUAUGUAAGCCAUUGGGUAGCCCCAAGACCUGGGCACCCAGAACAGUGAAUGCUGAGCCAACACCAAACUGCUCUGGACUGUGCAGGCCUCCGCCAAGGUCACAGGCAGACAGGCCAAGGGUACCCCUUCCCUCGCCCACCCUGCGGCCUCUGGCUCCUGAGCAAGGUUGAAGUUCAUGAGUUCGCCCAGCCUCAGUGACCUGGGCAAGAGGGAGCCGGGCGCGGCGGGUACGGACGAGCGGGGCACGCAGCAGCGCCGGGCCUGCGCCAACGCCACCUGGAACAGUAUCCAUAACGGAGUGAUCGCGGUCUUCCAGCGCAAGGGGCUGCCCGACCAGGAGCUCUUCAUCCUCAAUGAGGGCGUCCGGCAGCUGCUGAAGACGGAGCUGGGGUCCUUCUUCACUGAGUACCUGCAGAACCAGCUGCUCACGAAGGGCAUGGUGAUUCUUCGUGACAAGAUUCGCUUCUACGAAGGACAGAAGCUGCUGGACUCACUGGCGGAGACCUGGGAUUUCUUCUUCAGUGAUGUGCUGCCAACCCUUCAGGCCAUCUUCUACCCUGUGCAGGGCAAGGAGCCGUCGGUGCGCCAGCUCGCCCUGCUGCAUUUCCGGAACACCAUCACCCUCAGCGUGAAGCUGGAGGACGCGCUGGCCCGCUCCCACGCACGUGUUCCCCCUGCCAUCGCACAGAUGCUGCUGGUACUGCAGGGGGUACAUGAGUCCAGGGGUGUGACUGAAGACUAUCUGCGCCUCGAGACAUUGAUCCAAAAGGUGGUGUCUCCGUACCUGGGCACCUAUGGCCUCUACUCCAAUGAAGGGCCUUGUACCCAUUCCUGUAUCCUCGAGAAACGAUUCCUACGCCGCUCCCGCUCUGGGGAUAUCCUAGCCAAGAACCCAGUGGUGCGCUCCAAAAGCUACAAUACUCCCCUGCUCAAUCCUGUGGCCGAGCAUGAAGCAGAAGGCACAGCAGCCAGCGGCACGAGCAUCCGCAGACACUCAGUCUCCGAGAUGACAUCUUGUCCGGAGCCCCAGGGCUUUGUGGACACGCCUGGCCAGGGCCCUUCGGGGACCUUCCGGUCUUCUCCAACACCCCACUCAGGGCCUUGCCCCAGCAGACUAUACCCUCCUGCCCAUUCCCCGGAACAGGGCCCAGACCAUGGCUCCCCACCCACCUCCAGCCCAGAGACUCUUGUGGACCAGAUCCUAGAGUCCGUGGACUCAGACUCUGAAGGGAUAUUCAUUGACUUUGGGCGCGGUAGUCGCUCCGGUGUGUCUGACUUUGAGGCACCAGGAGGCCGGCCAAGUGUUGUGUGAUGGCCUGAGACUAGUUCAUGUUUUUACUGACCCCUGUAUGUUUGCGUGCCUGUGUAUGUGUGUGUGUGUGUUUGUGUGUGUGUGUGUGUACGCGAGACUUGUUACUCUUGCCAGCCCCCCGUCACUGCCUCAAGUCACUUUAUACUCCCAGUCUGUUGGAAAACCCAUCCACCACCCCCUGAUCACCCCUGGACUGAUUGGGACCCCCAGUUGGCACUGCCCAGAUGCAUAUUCAACCACCUGGAGGAUGGAUGGGGUCACCAUGUGCCCUCCUGCCCACCCCACCCUUGGUGCCCACACUUACCCAGGAAAAUGUGAAACCAGCGGGCUCUGCCUAUGCCAGCCCAGCCUGGCCUCCGGAGUGACGGGACUCAAGCCACAGUCAGACCUGCCUGCCUGCCUCCCUGCCUCCCUCUGCCCUGGGUGGCCACAAAACAGGAAGGCUUGAAAUAAAGUUACAGCCCCAGACUCCUGUCUGCCCCCUGGUGUCCUUCUGGGACCUCCACCCACCCAC